AUGGAAAUGCUGGAAGAGGAGGAAGAGAUUCCUGUGAAGUAUCGGCUUCGCGGUGAAACUGAUUGGCAAUUCAAGAAAGAAGCGAUCAUGAAGAUUGGGAGGACUGAAUGGGCGAUUCGUCUGAAGUUAUGCAAACAAGGCGACGAUCACCAAUACUACUCACUCCACGUGGCGUUACUCACCCCGAACCGCCAAUCCCGUGUUCAGAUUAAAUGUACUCGGGAAGGAGAGACGAACCCCGAAUGGAUGCAGGAAUACACCUUCGGAGGAAUGCAAACUCUACUUGUUAAUCCUUGUUUGAUGAAAAUUGUGGAACCAAAGGACAAGGUUACAUUUGUUGUGGAGCUGAAGCAACUAACUGAGGAAGAUGCUCCUAAAUUGACCCUUCCCAAGGAGAUCCUAUUUCCCAACGGGACCCACGCUUUGAAAGUUGGAGAUAGAAAAUUGAUAUUGGAUCCUGAGUAUCUGAAACGUCGUGCACCGUUACUCGGUUAUUUGUUCGAGGAUGAUGAGAAAAAGGAGUACACUUUUAAUUCGGUCCUUUUUGAAGAUUUGGUCGAUGCGAUGGGAGUUUUUCAUCAUCGGUGGGACCUUGAAGCUGACCGCCUUCUUCAACUUAUCCCUAUCGCUCGAAAACUCGGCUUUGAUAUCUGGGGACCAUCGUUGAACCGUGAAUUCUCUCAACUGGUCCACCGCUCGGAACCAGUUAAGAUUGUACAAUUACCGACAGAUGAAGAGAUUCCUUGGGAAUUUGAUACAAACAUAUUAUGGAUGCUGAAGGAUAUUAAGUCACUUGGAUCUUCCUCGAUCCCUCAGAAACAAAAUUCCAUGAUGACCUGGGAGGAUGAUCAUCGGAACUGUCUCAUGUUCGCCUAUACACAAGAGUUCCUUGGCGAAAAAUACCUAUCCAUUGGCUUCCAGUUCACCAGGGAAUCGUGCUCUAGUGAUGAUGAUGAAGAAGAGGAGGAACAAGAACUCCGACCCCCUUCAAUUUGUAGAAGUGUGACUCACUUUGACAUCUUUAUACACAUCCGGGACGAGUAUGGAAACUUUAUGUAUACUGAUAAGAUUCUAGGAGUCAAAGAUGAUGAUUAUGUAAUCGUUGGGUCUCCUGUUUUUGCCAAAUUUGAAGAUGUUCUGAAACACUCUGUAGAUGGAAAUUUAGAUCUGGAGCUAAUCUUUGUUUCACGGAGUGUGGAUCCUGGAGAGGAUCCCGAGCAAGAAGAAGGAAACGAUGAAAACCGAGACAUCAAAAUGCCAGGACUCACAAAUGGAAAAAUUCAAUGUGAAGGACGCAUUACUCACAUCAACAAAGAAUAUCUCUCUCAUCACUCUGAGUUUUUCCGUGGAAUGUUUUCGAAGCGAUUCGUAGAAGGCUCCCAAUCAUGUAUAAAUUUGUCUAUGGAAACUUUGGGAACCCUCAAAACCGGGUUGGAUAUGUUGUACAAUCGACGACUGGUAUUGGAUGAUGUUGGGAUUACUAGAAUCUUGGAUUUCGCGGAUCGAAUUUGCUCAAAAAAAUUGAUAGAUGGGUUGCAGACAAUGCUAUGGGGUAGUAAGAUUAUUAAUAUUGAGGAUAAACAGUGGUUGGCAGAGGAGUUUAUGCUGACUGAUUUAGAGAUCCGAUGUGCUAUGGAACAAAACGAAGAAGUCCUCAAAGUCACCCGCGCGUCCUGUAAACGUGCUCGUCCUGCCGAUUUUCAAGAUGAUGCACCUGCGGCGCCGCCCCAACCGAUUCCCGAAAGAGUGUUCCAACAAAUUAAUGAGCAAGCGGAUGAGGCAAUUAGCGCUCGAUAG